AUGCGCUCCUUGACGUUUUUCGCCUUGCUGGCGCCAGCCGUGGGCUUGGUAGCCGCUUCGCCACUCGAGCUUAGAGCUGGCCUACUCGAGCCUCGAGCUGACCCCUUUUGUGGCGCUGUCCAAAAGGCAGUGACCUUGCUGAAGCAGCAAGCCGCGGCGACCAAAUACUGCGUCUCGUACUUGUCCAUAACCACACCAGCAGCGGUGGUGGUGCCGACUACAGUCACAGUCACUACAACGCCCAUCACGGCUCUCCCAACGGACAACCCUUGUUUCGUCAAUGCGAAAGCUCCAGCACCCCAGGUUGCAGCGAAGCCACGAAGAGCUCUCAUACACGCGUCCGACGACGCUAAAUCACCGCAUGAGAAACAUUCGGCGUCCCAGCACGAGGAGCGAGCGGUUGCCAAGCCGGCUCCCUUUGCCGCAUUCAAUGCCGCCGCGGUCAUCUCCUCGGCCUGCAAGUGCCUCUCUAUUCUAACCCCGGCGACCCCGACGAUAUAUGACACGACGUACGCAACCCCAACAGUCUAUUCUGAUAAGUUCGCCAUAUACGAUGGCGCGGGACGUUAUCUCCAGUAUAGCCUAGGUUCAGAAACGCCUUUCUAUUUUGCUGGCAGUGACCUCGGAGCAGCCACAACCUGGCAGCUUUACGCCCCCAUGAGGUGCUGGGUGACUCACUGGGACCCGGAUCCCAAUUUCCAGAAACCUGUCCUGAUCAGCGGCGACCCGUCGGUUGUCAAAUUCUCCGGGCCGAUAGAUUCUGAUGGCCUAUCCGGUCAAGGAACCUUGCACGCUGAUGGCACUGCCAAGCUCGCAUUCAGUGGAUACUCGAGUGGGAUUGCUCGCUUUACGCUGUCCACUUCAAACAACAUCUGGACUGUGACACAAAAUUCCGAUGCCAACCAACAGUAUUUGGACCUUUACGCACGAGCGGUGGCGGUAUAA